GAAAAGAGUAUGCUAGAAAAACAGCUACUAGAAACUAAGACUCUUCUUACUAAACGAAAGAGAGACCAAGAGGACUCACCACACUCAAAUUAUUCAAAGAAACAUAAAACUGAUGAACUAGAGGAAUCAGUAGAAGAGGAACAAAUAAUGACUGAUGAUGAGUCUGUUAAUAUAGAACUAGAAGAUAAUGAGGAACUUAGAGCUACAUCAGUUGCUGAAAAUGAAGUAUAUAUGACUAAAAUAGAAGAUGAGAAGAAACAAGUGCAAUUUAUCAAAGAGACUAGUUCUGUUGAAGUUCAGUUUAACCGUUACUUAAUACCAUCAAUGGGUAAGAGAUAUAUAACAUGA